UUCCUGGUCAUUAUUUAAUUUUUCAAACUAAAUCUCGCGGCAAAUCUAGAGAAUGUUUGCGGCACUUAGAUAACUUGAAAAUCACUAUGGCACAGAAUAAUUACCUACCAUGAUAUCGUCAAUGAUAAUAUUGUUUGCUAAUUGAUUACACUGUUUUUUUACUGAACAUUAAUUUGUGUUUUAUUGAUAAGAAUAGUACAUAAUAUUUUAUUAUUAUUUAUUUGUAGCGGCUACUAUUAAAGAACUAUAGUUCGUUACUAUAGUACAGUAAUCAGUAUUUAAAGUAAUAACUCUGAAGUUAAGAGUGGUGUAUAAUUUUUAUUUUUUUUAAUAAGUACCUAUAAAAUAGUUCAUACCAUUGCCAUGGAAAAUCGUUGUUGUAUUUUGGGAUGUUUGAUGACUUCUGAUGAUGGAGUUAAAUUACACGAAUUCCCAUUCGAUAAUCAGUCGUUAUUGCCCAUUUGGAUAAUGGCAACAAACCGUUCAGAUUGGUUACCGAUUGCAAAAAGUAGGAUAUGUGAAAAACACUUUAGUAUUGAUGAUUAUGAAGCUGGUGAUAAGAGUAAUAUGCUUAAACCAAAUGCUUGUCCCAUGAUCAAUACAAACAAUAGUGUUAUAGAAACUAAGACAUUAACAGAUUCUGAAUAUGGUGAUUUUUCAUCUAUCAGUGAUUUCAACUGUUCUGAUAUUAAUUCUGACGAUUUACCAGAUACACCAAAUACUAGCGAUCUGAAAUUCAGUGAUGAUAAUUCAAUUCUAAGUACAUCAUCUUGCAGUUUUUAUACUAAUUCAAAUGAAGCUACAGGAUUUGAUGAAGAUUUUCUAUCAUCACUUUCCGAUACUGAACCAGAUAACAUAGAUUAUGAAGAGUCAAUGCAAGAAUUUGACUCUGUUUCAUUAUCUUCAUCUAUAACAAGUUUUACAAACCAGCCAAUGAACCAAGAAUGUGCGGUUGUAUUAUGUAAUCAAAAUGCAAGAAACCAGUUUGAUAGAUUAUUUUUUAUCAACUUUCCAAAUGAUAAUAAAGAACUUUGUGAUCUCUGGUGGAAAACUUGUGGGCGCAAAGACAAAUUUGAUCCUUUGUCAAAAAUAUGCUCAAUUCAUUUUGAUCCUGAUGAUUUUACAUCUGUAACUAUUAGACGAGAAGGUCAACUUUUUAGACAAACUAUUAUGAAGAAUAAUAAUACUGUACCAACUCUUUAUCUAGAGUCACAUGAGUAUUUAAAGUUUACAAGAAAACGAAGAAGAAGCGUGAAUAAUAGUUCUAAAAAAAAUGAUUUAGAAGCAGAUACGCAAAAGAAUUCAACAGAAAAUGAAUUCUGUAUUAUUCAAGGUUGUGAUAAGACAUUUUUAAAAGAUGGAAAAAAGACAUUGUUUUUUAAAUUUCCAUUGGAAAAUCAAAUUAUGCUCAAAAAAUGGAUAAAUAGUAUUGGAUUACCUAAUUGGCAGCCAACAGUUACAGAUCGAAUUUGUUCUGAUCAUUUUGAAAAUAAUGAUGUCUUAAAAAUUAAUGGUGUUUAUAGUCUGAAUAAUGAUGCCAUUCCAUCAACUAAACCACAAAAUUCAUUUGUAUUGAGUUUUGAAGACAAUCGUGAUAAAAAAUUUAAAUCCUCAGUUAACAACAGAAAUAUUGAUUUUGUUUUCAAUAAUUUAGAAUUUGAUUAUUUAAAAGAUGACGACGUUUUAAUAGUUAAAGAUAAUACUACAGAAUUAAAAAAUGAAAGUAAAUUAGAUGACCAAGAACAAGAAAAUCAUGAAAAAAUCUUUAAAACAUCUACAUCCCAAUCUAGUUCAGCUAAAAUAAAUGACAAUAAAGAAAAAAAGAUAAAAGAUGAAAAUUCAGCCAAUAUUGACUUGGAGUAUGUUUAUAUGGACGUAUUGAACUGUAAAAAUUUGAUAAAAGAACAACCAACAAUUGAAACAAACAAUAGUGUAAAAGUGUUGACAGAUGAAUGUAAUCAAACUAAAUUAGUAUACAAAUCAAACAACUAUAAUUUUAAAAAUGUAUCUACUAAUGUUUCAAAUGUUACUACUAUAUCAAAAAAUAUAUUUAAUUCAACUGAAGUUAAGAAAUCAUAUGGAGAAUCAAUUAGUGACGAUGAUUCUGAUGUUAUAAUAGAAAAAAAAAGGAUUCCAAAAUCAAUAAAUAAUGGAAAUGUCUGCGAUUAUUUUUACUUAGACACAUUGGAUGAAGAAGAAGCUAAAAAUGUUUUGUCAUUUGAAAAUAAGUGUGCUUCAAAAAAUCCAAGUCCAAAAAUUUUGAAAUUAUUAAAAAAAAAAAAUACAUUUGGAAUUCCAGAAUCUAUAAUUUAUAAUCAAGACUUAAUAGAAUGUUAUGGUGAAAUGCUUCCACCUUAUUGUGACCAGGACUGUCAAUUUAUAUGUUAUUAUUCUAUACCUGGCCCUGAACGAAGACAAAUUUAUAAAGAAUUUCAGAUGUUACAUAAUGCAACUGAACAGAACUGUAAAAUAACUCAAUUAGUACAAUUGCGUAUGGCUAAAAAGAGUGAUAACACUUUUGAAAGUUGUCCAAUAUAUCAUUUUAUCAGAAAUAAAAAAUCUAUAAAGGUGUGCAGAACUUUUUUUAUGAACACAUUAGGUAUUACUGAACGUCGUCUUGAUGCCAUUCUAAAAUCAACUAAUUACAGUUGGUAUUCUGAUAGAGAUACUGCGUUAAAAGCCAACCAACCUAAACAAGUACAUGUAAUUAAUGAACCAAUUUUGAUGACAGAUUUUAUGAAAGAAUCUUUAAAACCAUUGGACAAAGACUACAAUUUAUAUGAAUCUGAAAGUGACUCAGAAGUUAGUUUGGAAGAUGUUCCUUUUAAGGAAUAUGAACAAGUAUUUCUAUACAUGAAAGGUAUCCCUAGGGUUUUGAGUUCAUAUCAAAUGCCUGGAACAUUUAAAAAACAUUUCUUUGAAACCAGUAUUUGUUUGGAAUAUAUGUACAAGUCAUAUUCUGAAGAUUUUAUUAAGAACAAAACUCCACCACCUUAUACAAAACGUCAGUUUAAAAAAAUUUACAACCAGUACAUGAAGACAUUUUUAAAAAUAGUUUAAAUCCACAUCAUAUUUUAUU